GUAGUUUUAUACCAAUUUUAUACACCCGCGUGCGUCGUCGUAGCGAAAUUCGGUAGUUCGAAAACGUAAUUAUCUUUACAGUAUGGCGUAUAAAUAUUCAAAUGUCGAGUACACGGAAAUGGUGCGAAUGGUUGCUAGGUGUGAUGACAAUGUUUUGGAAGCCUGUCGCCAAUACGCCAUACGAUUCCCAAAAAUCCCUACACCUAGCCGAGCAACAAUGCAAGCCGCCACACAGCGGUUACGGGAAUGCGGGCAAUUCCGGCAUGCCCUCAAUGAAAGUGGUGGUCGUCCACCGAGGCACACGGACAAACCGUCGCCUCGUCAGAAUAAAAUAAAACCGGCACAUAGAUUAAGGCCGCGGACGAAAAAGCCAGAUUACGUCCAGGCUGAAGAUACUGAAGAUCCAUGCAAAGCCGCUACCCAACAUAAUGCGCAAAUGACGAUGAAGGUUGUACAAGCGAAUGAACAACGGUUACUUGAAAUUGAGCCACCGAAGAGGACGAGAAACAGAGCAACAAUUGAAAAGGGAGCGGGAACGGAAAAAGAAGAAAUGCCACUCAAUUAUAUCCAGCCAGAGGAGAUAAAACCGCAGGUUUGUCCGAAGUGCUGCACGGUGCUUCCCGACUCCUUCCUAGCAACACAGACUCGACAUAAGCAAGUGAGAUCAAUAAUAGCGAGGGUAUACCACUUCUUGGAGCGCGAGUACGAACAGUUGAAGAGCUUGCACCCGGAGACGGACUGGUCUCCGCUGAGCAGGGUCAGGCAGCGCGCGGCCGUCGCCACCGGCGUCUCGGAGCCCGACGUGCUUGACAUACUUAGCGAGGAGGCUGACACUCACGCCGCUGACGAAGACCCGCCCAGGAAACGACCUAGAACUGAACACGAGAGUGAAUAUGACGACGUAAAUGAGGACGAACAGAUAGAAGAAGCAUUACAUGAACCGGAUGUGUACGUUGCUACGAAACCCACCUUAGAACCUAACCCUCUUGAGGACAGCGAAGAAGAACAAAUAUUUAUUAAGGAAGAACCAGAUGAUGUUAAUAUAACUUAUGAUACCGUUAUGGAAGCAGUGUCUGUGCCUCAAGAAACGGAAGAUCAGAUCGACAGUCAAGAUAUCAAAUCGACAAGUAGAGGACGCAGUAGAGGACGCGGACGCGGGUCCAAUAGGCCGGAGAAACCUCAGCCGACGCCAUCCCUAAAGCGUGAGGCUUGCCCUUUAGUGGAGGUACCGGAAGUUGGCGUAGGGAAGCCUACUGCAAAAAGCGAGCCAGCAGCUGAGCUUGAACUCGAGCUCGAACCUCAGCCUCCUGAGGUGGACUUCGAAAGCAUGGAUAUUAUCACCCUGGGGGAAAGAGUCGAAGCGAAGAUGCAACCUAGCACUGAGCACAGAACGUCAACUUAUAUAACAGACAAACAUUUUGACAGUAUCGCAGACAAUUGGCUUCAAGAUAAUGACAGUGACAUUGACUUAGACCCUCACUUUAACGACAACGACGGUAUUUCUGUUCCGGUCAUGCGCAACGCAACAACUGAGCCGGCUUGUGAUGCCGACAUGACUGAACUAGAGACACAUGUGCUACGGACUGAAGACGAAAUUAACGACCAAGCUUUACGCGACAUAAUGCCUACUAACGAUUACUAUACUUUUGACUGGAAGAAAGACAAGCCGAUCUUUACUGGACGACGAGAGGCUUUCACAGGGUCAUCGGGACCGACUUUUGACAUAACAGACAAGACUCCUGUAGACAUUUUUUCAAAAAUUUUCGAUACUAGUUUUAUAGACCGACUUUGUACUGAGACUAACCGCUAUGCAGAGCAGAAGAUAGCUCGCUUAAAAGAACAGAACAAGCUACUUCCGACAUCGCGUCUGCAUAGAUGGACUCCGACUGAUCGUAGCGAAAUGAUUACGUUUUUAGCAGUAUUGGUCCUGCAAGGCCUGUAUCCGUUACCAGAGGAAGAAAAGUACUUCUCUUUCAACGGGUUUGGGACGAUGCCGUAUUUUUCACGCAUCAUGUCGUUCAAUCGUUUCAUACUGCUAAAAUCGUUAUAUCAUUUCGUCGACAAUGAGACUUUGACUAACAAGACUAGACUGUCUAAAAUACAGCCGGUACUUGACCACCUGAAUGAGAAAUUUUCCACAUUAUACAUGCCUGGCCAAGACAUAGCCAUUGACGAGAGUCUCCUCAAGUGGCACGGCCGAUUGAGCUUUGCACAAAAAAUUGCCACCAGAGCCGCCCAAGUUGGCGUCAAAACAUACGAGCUUUGUGAGUCUCGGACUGGCUAUCUCUGGAAGUUUUUUGUGUAUGUUGGAAAAAACACUGAGAUUGCCCCCACCGAUGACCUACCUACUGACGACGAGAUGGUUGACCAACCCGAUGACGAGAUUGUUAAUCGACCCAUUGAUCAGAUAAUUGACCAGUCAAAUGUCAUAGUGCGUGACCGCCCAAUAAACAAGACUCCUGACCAACCGCAGGACGCGACUGUUGACCAACCAAAUGUUAAUUUUGCACGUCCCACCAACGCUACUGCUAAAAUAGUGUUUGACUUGUUGGAGCCACUACUUGACCGAGGACACACUGUGGUAAUGGACAAUUUCUAUAACAGUCCAUUGUUAUUGCGAUGUCUCAAAAAACAUAAAACUGACUGUUAUGGAACAUUACGUUUAAAUCGAGAAUUCGUACCCGACUCGCUCAGGACUCUGAACAAGACUGACCUACGACAGGGUGAGGUAGUGGCAAGCUACACUUCAGACUUGUCUGCGAUGGUGUGGCGUGAUGCUAAUUUGGUUAGCAUGAUCUCCACAUACCAUCACAUACAAGCGGGGAUUCAAAAUGAAUAUAACCGACUCACAUACAAGCCUAAAAUCGUACUCGAUUACAAUAUGUCCAUGGCCGGUAUGGAUAGAAAAGAUCAAUUACUAUCUGCUCAGCCCGUGGAACGAUAUAGAAACAAGCUAUGGUAUAAGAAGGUCUUCUGCAGGUUGCUCAACACGGCUAUUUUCAAUGCCUAUGUGAUAUUUUCAUCGCAGAAUCCGAAAAUAUCAUAUAGACAGUUCCGAACGAUUUUGGCGGAAGACCUUCUGAAAAUACAUCGAGGCAUCGACUUGACGACUGAACCUCGACUCUAUGCGGACAGGGGUAGACAAGGCCAGUUGUCUACGCGUACGAACGACCGGCCGAACGUUGAUCACGACCACUUCCCAACGCGUGUAAACAGCUCUGCUGGCGAGACGUGCCGCGAUGACAUAGUGCGACGAGACAAACAGACAACUAUAUCUCAACCAGCACCACAUGUGCACACUCAUGGGCAAUACGAGCACACAGAUUCAAGAGCACUCCAUUCCAACGUAUCUCAACCUUCGGACUCGAUGCCACUGCAAGUGAAACAGGAAGAUAUAACUGUAGAGGAAGAGGGAAUCAGCUAG